AUGCGUUCCUCUCUCUUCGUUGCCGCGCAGUUCGUCGCUGCCGCUUUCGCGGCUGAGCCUUGGGAGAACGAGGUCGACACCGGCUUUGUGACGUACCUCGAUAGCACCAACUACACCAAGGGCAGCCUGCCCCUUCUCAAGGACAUCCGCGCCAUCCCAGACUUCGACUGGGCCGCCCGCCAGAAGCUCGACAACCAGAAGUACUCCUUCUACCGCACCGGUACUGCUGGCGAGUUCAGCUACCGCCACAACCUGGACGUCUGGCAGAAGGUCCAGCUUCGCUCUAAGCACUUGAGCGAUGUCACCAAGCUUAACGAGACCCUUCCCGUCACUAUCCUGGGCUACAACUUCAGUGCCCCCAUCUUCAUCGCGCCUGCUGCGCGCGCUGCCUACGGAGAUGAGGCUGCCGAGCUGAACCUCGUCCGCGCCGCUGGCAACGAGAACAUUCUCUACGUCCCCUCCAUGUACGCCUCCAAGUCCAUCGAGGAGAUCGCCACCGGCAAGAGCAACAACACCCUCAACGGCCCCCAGGUCAUCUUCCAGCAGAUCUACACCAACGGCAACCUGUCCGUCACCUGGGAGAACAUCCGCCGUGCCGAGCGCACCGGCGCCAAGGCCAUUGUCUGGACCAUCGACGCCCCCGGCGACUCUGUCCGCCACCGCGCCGCCCGCUACGACACCACCAACGCCAACUCUGUCUCCUCCGCCCUCACCUGGGACAUCUACGACCAGAUGAAGAACCAGACCAACCUGCCCAUCAUUCUCAAGGGCAUCACCACUGCUGAUGAGGCUCUGCUUGCCGUUGAGAAGGGUGCCAAGGCCAUCUACAUCUCCAACCACGGUGGCCGCCAGCUUGACCACACCCCUGGACCCCUCGAGAUCGCCUACGAGAUCUACCGCAACGCUCCCGAGGUCUUCCAGAAGGUUGAUGUCAUUGCUGACUCUGGUGUCCGCUACGGCAACGAUGUCCUGAAGCUUCUUGCUCUCGGUGUCAAGGCUGUCGGCAUGGGUCGUCCUUUCAUGUACGCCAACUGCUACGGCCUCGAGGGUGUCACCAAGGCCAUCAACAUCAUGAAGACUGAGAUCGUCCGUGACGGCGCUCAGAUGGGUGCUACCAACCUCCACAACAUCAGCAUGAGCUUCCUCAACACCCGCCAGCUCGAGCAGAACGUGUACCUGUUCAACCAGCAGUAA